AUGCUCGGCUCGUCGGCGUCCAGGCGGGAGAGCAAAAGCAGCGACCUCUUCAGGGCCGCCGCCAUGGCCCUCCGGGACGCCGCCAACAAGACCGCCGGCAUCGAGCCGGCCAAGGCGACGUCCAACAACGUGCCCGCCGCUACCAAGCCCGCCGAGCCGGCCAAGGCGGCGUCCAACAACGCCGCCGCCGCCCCUGCCGUAUCAGUCAGGGAGGCCGCCGUGCGCCACGAGGGCUGGAUGGUGCGCUACGGCCGCAGGAAGAUCGGCAGGUCCUUCUUCCACACGCGCUACUUUGUGCUCGAUAGCAAGCUGCUCGCGUACUACAAGAAGAAGCCAAAGGACAACGUGGUUCCACUCAAGUCGCUGCUAAUAGACGGGAAUUGCAGGGUGGAGGAUAGAGGCCUCAAAACGCAUCAUGGCCAAAUGAUUUAUGUCUUGUGCAUUUAUAACAAGAAAGAAAAGGAGCACCAGAUAACAAUGGGUGCGUAUGACAUCGAGGAUGCAAUGGCAUGGAAAAAGAAGAUAGAACUCAUCAUUGAUCAGCAACAGGACUCUAUGACAGCUAAGAACCGUAAGGCCUUUGCUUCAGUGGACUUCGACACGGAACUUGGAGGGCAGUUUUUAUUUUCAGAUCAUGACAGCACAGCUGAAGAUGACGAGGAACGGCCCACUUUGACUCGCAGGACUACUAUAGGGAACGGCCCCCCUGAUUCAAUACAUGACUGGACCAAAGAGCCUGACAUUGGUGUGUCCAAUCAGAACGACCCCAAUCAAUUUUGCUCCAAGAAGAAUUGGCGACUACUUAGAUGCCAAAAUGGGUUGCGCAUAUUUGAAGAACUUCUGGAAGUAGAUUACCUUGCACGAAGCUGCAGCCGAGCUAUGAGGGCUGUUGGUGUAGUUGAAGCCACAUGUGAAGCGAUCUUUGGUCUUGUAAUGAGCAUGGAUGUAACAAGAUACGAGUGGGACUGUAGCUUUCGUCACGGCAGUUUAGUUGAAGAGGUUGAUGGUCACACUGCAAUACUAUAUCAUAGGCUGCAGCUGCACUGGUGCCCAAUGCUAGUCUGGCCUCGAGAUCUUUGUUAUGCUCGGUAUUGGCGUCGUAACGAUGAUGGAAGUUACGUUGUGCUGUUCCAGUCAAUAGAACAUCCUAACUGUGGCCGGCAACAAGGAUUUGUGAGGGCAUUCAUUGAAAGUGGAGGUUUCAAGAUUUCUCCUCUCAAGUGUCGCAAUGGAAGACCUCGUACUCAGGUUCAACACCUUAUGCAGAUUGACCUGAAGGGAUGGUUCCUGAACUACUCUCUUUCCUUUCAGUAUCAUUCUUUGCUGCAGAUACUAAACUGUGUUGCAGGAUUGCGUGAAUAUUUUUCCCAAACAGAUGAAAUCCAUAUAAUCCCAAGGAUUCCUGUAAUGGAAACCAUGUUCGAUGCGGAUUCAGAGCCAAAAAAUCAUAAGCUUCAAGAAGUUGACACCAAGGCAAAUAAAAACAUGGGAAUGAUUGAUGAAGAAUCAGAUGAUGAUGAUGAUUAUCAAGUUCCUGAAGCUGAUAUAGAGGAAGACCCGAACAAAUCUGAUAAUGAUAGCAAGCGCACAGAUGAGCCUCCAGAAAAAAAUGAUUUAUCUUGUUUUUUGGGUAUUCUUCAUCGUGAUCCUGAGGAGAAAAGCCGCAAUUGUUGGACAGUACCUGAUAGCAAGAUCUUUAAAGUUCGUAGCAAGACCUUCCCACAAGACAAAUCAAAGAUACCUGCAGCAAGUUAUCUCAUGGAGCUUGCAGCCAUUGACUGGUUUAAGGACACCAAACGUAUGGAUAAUGUUGCCAGGCAGAAGGGUUGUGUUGCUCAGGUUGCUGCUGAGAGAGGGAUGCAUACAUUUGUUGUCAACAUACAGAUUCCUGGAUCAACUCAGUACAGCUUGGUCAUGUAUUUUGUCACAAGUACCUUGAAAAAGGGAUCGUUACUACAGCGCUUUUUUGAUGGCGAUGAUGAAUUCCGCAAUAGCAGACUAAAGCUUAUACCAUCCGUUCCUAAGGGCUCCUGGAUAGUGCGACAGAGUGUUGGAAGCACCCCUUGUCUUUUGGGAAAGGCUGUUGAUUGUAGUUAUGUUCGAGGUCCUGCGUACUUGGAGGUGGACGUUGACAUUGGAUCUUCGGCGGUAGCAAAUGGAGUUUUGGGUCUUGUGUUUGGUGUGGUGACGACAUUAGUAGUUGAUAUGGCCUUCCUAAUACAGGCCAACACAUAUGAGGAGCUACCGGAGCAGGUGAUAGGCGCAGCUCGGCUGGCUCAUGUUGAACCGGCCACAGCAGUAGUUCCUGAUCUUAGCAACACAUCAAAUGACAGUAGCAGCAGCAGCAACGAUAAUAACAGCAACAACAAUGGUUCCUCAGAGGAUGAUUCGUCCAAGAAAACGAACUGA